UCAUGACAAUACAUUGAAGACCUGCAAAAACUGACUUGUGAGCAUUUCUGCUUUUUAGUUAAUGAAAGUAUACUUUGUAUAUUUUAACUUAUAGUACUUUUUUUUUUUUAUUCCAUGCACUCUUCUUUCUUGUCAGGUGCCUACAUUACCCACAAUGCAACUCCACCCCCAGCAGUUUGGUUAUGCUAGUUGUGGCUUAUGUAGCCUGGAGCUGCCAGCAGCCUCACCCAAGGCUUUUUCAUUUUCAAACCUUUUUCACAUAUGCAGUAGUGAUCCCCAAGACCUGUAAACAGACUUAAAACGAUGGAGUUCCCCUUUUAAUGUAGAUGAUGUCAUCAGAGCACCUGACCUGCGGCUGGCUGCAGCAGCUACUCGUUGUGCUCCUGAAGCUUUGCCUCACUUUCGCCGGGCCUCUGCGACCGCUUAAUGGGACCGAAUGCACGGCCAAGGGUCCCGCGUCCUACAUCCUGGUCUUUACAGGUCACUGGAGCCCGCAGGCCUUCCCCAAGCAGUAUCCACUGUUCCGACCCCCUGCACAGUGGUCCAAACUCAUAGCGGUCAGCCAUAAUCGCCAUUUUCGGUUGUGGAGGGAGGGUGCUAUGGCCAGUGCAGGGGUGCAGAGCUUCGCCGAAGUCGGGGUGACGGUGGAGCUGAUGAAGGAGGCCAAGGAGGCCAGGAAGAGACGCGCGGUCGGCGCCAUGUACCGAACGGCCGGCAUCCCUAACGGCAUCGGGCACAGCUCCACGGAGUUGCUCGUGCAUCCCCGGGGCUCCCUGUUGUCCCUGAUGGUGAAGAUGAUCCCCAGCCCGGACUGGUUCGUCGGCGUGGACAGCGUAAACCUCUGCGAGGGCGGCCGGUGGAAACAGGAAGUGACCGUCGACCUCCAGCCUUAUGAUGCGGGGACAGACAGCGGAUUCACCUUCUCUUCUCCCAACUUCCCCUCCAGCCCCCCAGAAAACAUUACAAAGAUCACAUCUGAGAUGCCAAACCAUCCAGCCAACUCCUUCUACUAUCCACGUUUAAAGGACCUUCCGCCAAUAGCCAGCAUACGGAUCACUCAACAGAGCAGAUCGUCUGACCGUCAAACCCCGAUGUCCAAUCAUAUUCUGCCAAACUCCAUCAGUCCCCGGCGCUUCUCAGCGACACCGUUGGACUGUGAAACGUCUCUCUGGUCGUCCUGGGGUUUGUGUCUCGGCCCCUGCUCCAGAGGUGGUGUCCGCCACCGCACGCGUUACAUCCUCUUGCGGCCGGCCAACGCCGGCGUCCCCUGCCCCGAGCUGGAGGAACAGGCUGAAUGCGUACCACACAGCUGUAUGAAACUCCAGUAACCCACAGAUACUGCCAGUAUAACAAAACACUGGGACUCUCAUGUUAUUACUGCUGGACGGAGAAAUGGUGCUGCAUCUUCUCGAGCAUCUCCUUGAAGGAUUCUUGUGUUUGUCAAGUUAAAUUGUGGAAAUGAAAGACUUGCUGCCUUAACCUGUGCAGCCCCUUAGUAUUACAGUGCACACUCCUCUGGGUGUAUUUUAAUGUCAAUAAGGGGAAGACUGACAUCUGAGUGUUGCAGAGUUCUGGACAGUUAAUUAAUGUUUGAGAUGAAAGUGAUUUUUAUAAAUUGUCGUGGAUGCAGAAGGAAGAUGCAUGACAAAAUGUGUCCCCUCAAAACCUGUUUGACACAUGUAUGCACACAAAGGUCCUUGCACAUACUGCAUACUUUUACAGACACGGAGGCAUUAGUUUACGUAACCUAUACAUGCUUGGCACAUGCAGCUCCUUCAAAAAUAACCUCACACCCCGAUUUAUAAAUAUCACCUUUCACAAGAAGAAACACCUAAUAGCUAACUUGAGCUAGUCUAAAGAAGCUGGCCUAUUUUAUAAUAAGAUUUUUUUUUUUUUUUUUUUUUAGAAAGGUUUUUAU